CGGAAGCGGAAGUGCGGGAGCGCGGCAUGAACGAAAGUAAACGCAAGCUCUUGUGAAAACGUGCUCAGAGUUUUGACAAUGUCACAAACACCGAAACCAAUGCAGCAGCAGGGAGACCGGGACAAGGAAAAGAAGAAGAAAGAGAGUAUCCUUGACCUGUCCAAGUACCUCGACAAGACCAUCCGGGUCAAGUUCAGUGGGGGGUGAGAGGCUGCAGGGGUGCUGAAGGGGUUUGACCCUCUCCUGAAUCUUGUACUGGAUGGAACUACAGAGUAUCUCAGAGACCCGGAUGAUCCAUUCAAGCUGACUGAAGACACCCGCCACCUGGGGCUGGUUGUGUGUCGAGGGACGUCGGUUGUGUUGAUUUGUCCAUCAGAAGGAAUGGAGGCCAUUGCUAACCCUUUUGUUCAGCAGGACGGAUGAAUGUGACUUCCCAUUGGACUAUUUUAUAUUGGUGCAUUGUGACAGUGAAUCAGUAACAGGGAGUUUUAUACUUUGCAUUGGAAAUGUGGGUUACCAUAGUAACAAAUGCUGAAUGACUCUGAGACGAGGAACCAGCUUGGCAUGGAUGCAGUGUUGCCAAGACUACCAUUGCAAUAUGGUACCUCAGAUGGUGAUAGGGAAUCGUUUGGGUUUUGUUUUGUUUUGUUUUCUUUUUUUGGGGGGUGGGGGAAUAUUUUUUUGCAGGGUUUGUAUGUUAUUGAUUUAUUUAUUUCAACAAUUUAAUAAAGAUAAAAGAGUCUGUGUAACCAUGGUAACUAAGCAUGGUCAACAUAUUGUUUUGUUGCAGAUAAGUUAAUUACCUAAGCUACCAUCGUAACUACCUUUCUAGGUGAAAUUUAGGUAAUGAUUUUUUAGAUUUAUAGUAACCUGUGCACGGUGAUGUGAAAAUUACUUUGAUCACAUAGUUGAUUUAAUUAAGGGUCUGUGAAACAGGUACGUAACCAUGAUAACUCAGUCUGGAUUUUUUGUUGUGGAUGACUUCAUUUCUAUGUUGUAAGAGACUUUGGCAUGUUAGGACCACGAUUCUUUUUAAACAGAUAAGAAUCGUGUGAAUUCAAUAAAUGAUAAUUAUUUUUUCAAACUUUUCUUUGUAUUACAGCUGUACUUAGUUUUUUGUACUGUUGAAGCCUAUAUAUAUAUAUGAAAAUGUCUAACAUUUGUGUAAAGUAUGAAACAGAUCAAGUGAAUUUACAUAUUGUUGUCAUCGAUGCCUGUCUCCCACAGAUAUCGCAGACCAUUGUGAUGUUUUCGAUUACCAUGAGGUAACAAUUAAAUGACAUCACUAAUCUUUGUGGCACUGAAGCUGGUUAAAUAUACUCCUUACACCCGAAGACACAGAUUGGAACUUUGUACAUAGCAAAUAUGUUCAAAAGAUAAUAUUAUGUCAACACUUGUUCAUAAAGUUUGAAAAUCCUCAAUAACCCUUGGAACAUUGGACUUUUAUGGACUUUCAUAAAUAUCAGGGCUCGAUUUAGUGCUUUGUUACUUGCACAGGUGCAACCCAAUAUUACAAAGUGCAACCUAGAUAUAGUCUAACUUGCACCAGGUGCAAGUCAAUUUCUGAGUGGGUAAACUUCUGAAAUAAAACAUUUAAUUCAGUAGCAUGUUUCUGAUAUUACAUAUUGCAAUAAAGACAGUGCAACUGGAAUUUGGCUGGUGCAACUAGGUUUCUAUCUUAGGUUGCACCUGGUGCAAGUAGGUUAACCUCUCUUAAAUCAAGCCCUGAAUAUAUUUGCUAAGGAUGCUUGGGUGAUGUCGUUACCUGCACUAAAUAGGUGUUUUUCAAGAGCAUAUUAAAUCACUUGAUCAGUCAUUG